AUAUAUAGAAAAUAAAACAAAAAUAAAUAAUGAAAAAAACUAGCGUACCCAACUCGAAGGGUAGAAGAAUGAAGAACCUUCUGGAGUUCUUAUCCAAUUUUCCAAUAACGUAGUUUUUAUAUUUACCCAAAACUCAAUCCAAGUCUUCCAAACCAGAACACAGCACAACACAAACAACAACAAUGGCUGAUAGCAUCUUCGGUUACCCUUUCAGGCGCGUCUUCUGGAACCCUCCGAUCUACAGGGAGUGGUCCGGAUCAACGGCUCUUAUGGAUUGGCUUGAAUCCCCUAAUGCCCACAUCUUCAAGGUUAACGUUCCAGGUUUCAGCAAAGAAGACAUUAAAGUACAGAUAGAAGAUGGGAAUGUUUUGCACAUUAGAGGAGAAGGUGGGAAGGAAGAAUCCUAUCCAAAGGACGCAAUUUGGCAUGUAGCUGAGAGGGGGACGGGGAAAGGAGACUUUUCUCGGGAAAUUGAAUUGCCGGAAAAUGUGAAGGUGGAUCAGAUUAAAGCCCAGGUUGAAAAUGGUGUUCUCACCAUUCAUGUACCUAAAGAUUCAACUCCAAAGCCUUCCAAAGUCCGAAACAUCAACAUCACUAGCAGGCUCUGAAACUUCAAAUAUUAGUAACUUUGGAAAUCUUAAAGUAUGAAAAAGCAAAUUAAACAUGGUUUU